GUGCAACUGCACCGCAGUUCAUUUACCGGUAGCAGCUAUCUACUAGCAAAAAUGCGAUUACUUAACCGUCUACUACUACUCGUACCAGCAGCCAUUGCUGCAUUGCUCCUUCUGAUCCCAUCGGGUUGCCGUGGCUGCUCGGUUACAGCUUCCUCCUCGCCUCAAGCGAACAAGGCACGCUAUGACUACUUCCGGAUCUACCGCGUCCUGCUGGAAACCGAUGAGCACGUCCAGUUGAUGCAGGAACUGGAGAACCGCAGCGAUAGCUACACCUUCAUGGGCCAUGCUCGCCAAACCAACCAAAACUUGACCAUCAUGGUCGCUCCGCAGAAGAUUGCCGAGAUGACCGAUCUGCUGGAACGGUUCCAAAUCCCUGGAUCCGUUCUCUUGAACAACAUCCAAGACUUGAUCGACCGUGAGGACUUCACCGUCAUGCCCAAGGGAACCGUUCCGGAGCUGUUCGAUUGGCAGCACUAUUUCCAACUGGACACUAUCCACAAGUGGCUCGAUCUACAAGCUUCCAAAUUCCCCACAAUUCUCACAGUCAUCCCCCUCCAAGCCAGCUACGAACGCAACCUGAUCAAAGGGCUCAAACUAUCCAAAAAGUCCGGGAACACUGCCGUAUUCGUCGAGUGUGGCAUUCACGCUCGGGAGUGGAUCUCCCCUGCCGUCUGCACCUACAUCCUUAACCAGCUGCUCACCUCCCAAUCCGAAGAAAUUAUUGACCUGGCCGAAAACUUCGAUUGGUUCUUCUUCCCGGUGGUCAACCCGGACGGAUACAAGUACACCUUCCAAUCGGACCGACUGUGGCGCAAAAAUCGCCAACCGUACGGCUUGUGCCGCGGAGUGGAUCUGAAUCGAAACUUCGAAAGCAACUGGAAUGGAAUCGGAUCCAGUUCCGAUCCGUGCGCGUACGAUUUCGCCGGUGGAUCCGCGGCAAGCGAACCGGAAACGAAAGUUUUGCAGCAGUUCCUCAAGGAGAACGCGGCAUCCAGUCGAAUAAGGACGUACUUUUCGAUGCACUCGUUUUCGCAGCUGAUCAUGUUCCCCUAUGGCUACACGGUGGAUCGGGUGGAGAAUUAUGACGACCUGAAGACGAUCGGCGAGCGGGGAUCGGAAGCGAUUCGCAGGACGCACGGAAGGGAGUACCUGUCGGGGGCGAUGAUUGAGACCAUCUAUCCGUCGUCGGGGGACAGCGUGGACUGGGUUUUCAGCGAAUGUGAGGUGCCGGUGGCGUUUACUUUUGAGCUGAGGGGCCCACCGGACAGUACCAAUAUGUUUAUUCUGCCGGCGGAGGAGAUUGUACCGACCGCGGAGGAAACGCUGGCUGCGUACGUGGCCAUGCUGAAGGCGGCCCGGGAACUGGGGUACUAUGCGAGUGAGGAGCAGAAGGCGGAGUUGUGAUUUGUUUGAAUUAUUAAGAGAUUCUUAAGUAGCUCAUGUUUUCCCAAUUUAUCAAAUUCAAAUGAUCAAUUAUUUCAUAUUUCGUUAGAAAUUGCUCGAAACUACCAACUGUCAUGUUCGACAACCCUCAGGAUUUUGAUACAGGUGAAAUUAUCAUAAACGGUACAUUUUAGAGCAGAACCGCCACAUUGCAAUCAAAUAAAUAGGAUACGACUUCAGCGAGAU